AUGGGACCCUGUUAUGGUCUUAUCUGUCUUUUUGACUCUUCUGAUGCGUUAUGCCUAUGGAAUUUAGCAACUAAAGAAAUCAAAGAUAUUCCAGAACCCCUCAUUCCUCACGAUGUUGAAUGCCUCGAUAGUGCUUUAUUCGGGUUUGGUUUUGAACGGAAAACUAGAGAUUAUAAGGUGGUCAAAUUGCUUAAGAAAGAUUGUGAAGAUCAAAACAAUGACUAUCAUAAUUACGUAUAUACCUUGAGCUCAAAUUCUUGGAGAAAACUCGAUGUUGUUUUGCCAGCUCAUCUUCAUAUCUAUAUUUAUUUUUAUGGUAAUUUGGCCUACAAUGGUGGAACUUAUUAUUGGUGGGCAGAGACAGUUAUUAUUUGUUUUGACAUGAGCAACGAGCAAUUUGGGGUGAUUGACUUGCCUAAAAUAGUUUUUCCACUUGUUGAGAGAACGAUUAAAAGAAGUAGCAUUUUCACAGAAUAUAAUGGAACGUUGGCGGUGAUUUAUUGGUUAGUGAAUGAAAAAUAUGAAACGUGGUUUGAACUAUGGAAAAUGAAUGGACAUGGCAUGACAGUUACAUGGGCAAAGCAACUUUCUGUUGGAUGGUUAGAAGUAUGGUUGAUGCCAAUAGGGACUUUUAAGAAUAAUAGGAUUAUUUUUACAAAUAAGGAUGAAGAGGAUACAAUAAUCGCUUAUGACCAAGAAACAAGAAGCUUACAAAUUCCUAUUCCAGUUGAUUCUGAGACAAAGAUUCACUAUUCCACAAUGGAAACAACUGCUUUAUUUUACAUUGAAAGCUUAGUUUCCAUGGGGGAUGGAUAA